AUGAUUGUACCCUACCUUGCCCGUAUUGUAUUACUUUUACCUGAAUUAUCACCUACCCAAACGGAUCAUAUAACAGAUAUCAUUGAAGAGCAGAAAUUAAGUGGUAAAGAAAGCGAACGAAACCAUAUUCUCGAUAAGAGUAAACCAUGUAUUCCAGUGAGUGGAGAAUUACGAAAAAAACUGAUACAGGAUCUAUUCGAUGAGCAGACGUACGAUAAGAAUACAUUACCAUCGGAUAAUUUCAUUGAAGUGAUAGUGGAAGUGACAGUACAAAGCAUAACAGAAAUCAGUGAAAUAACAAGCAGUUUCAAAGCCGAUAUAUGGUUCAGCCAAAUAUGGCACGAUCGACGACUCGAUUUUAGGCAUUUGAAUUACUGUUUGACGAAUUUGUCACUGGCCGCUCAUAAAUUACCCCAUCUAUGGACUCCAAAUGUUUGCCUUGUUAACAGCAAAAAAGUAACAAUACAUACAUCACCAUCACAAAAUAUUCUUCUAUUAAUAUUUCCUAAUGGAACAGUAUGGCUCAAUUACAG